UAUUUUUAUUAGGCAAAUAACUAAUGGAAGAACUAGUAUUUUUUGUUUCAUCCAUAUUUAUUUGAGAAAUUGAAAGUUGCAAAUUGCGUAUAAUGUUCGAAGCGCACGUACUUUAAUCUCUAGGUCGUAUUUUCUACAUAUGAGAGUUCAUCAAGUAAUAACUGGUUCAUGCAAUGGUGGUUAUUCACAUAUCGCACAAGCAAAGAUUCGGGGAUCUAACUACGUCGUGUAUGCCAGUGGGUGCGAUGUAGUUAUAUUGAACGAAUCGUUUUGUCGCAGUCAGGUGAUUUCUGGGUGUGAGUUAGGAAACUCCGUUGUAACAGCUGUUGCUUUUAAUCACCAUUAUGGAAAGGUUUGAUAUUAUCUAAUAGAUAUCUUUCUCGUAGAUUGCCAUCGCUAACGCUGAUGGAAUAUUUAUUUACGUACCUCAGGGAACGACAGGAAAUAUGCUUACAACCCGUUAAAACUAUUUUGGUCGUUCUCCGAUCAUUUAUCAUUACCAUUAAAAGCGGAAGUUUUAUUGGCUUAUUAGCAGGCCUUAAUGAUGGAAGCUUAUUUAUGUGGCGAUCAUGUGUUACAGGCAAUAUCACUGAAUCAACUCUUCGUUUUCAUAUCGGAGCUAACUCAACAGAUUCAGAAUAUGGUCUUGACUCUGAUCCUGUUCCUAAGAAAUCUCUGUCAACAGAAGUACCGAGUAAAUGGGAAGUUGUAUGGUGUCAUCGACUAAACGGUACUCCUCUGCAGGUUGAUUUCAGUCCAGAUGGUUCAUACUUCGCCACCAUUACUAAAUAUCAUGAUAAAAGAAGUCAACAUAACGAUCACCAGUCUGAUACUGAAAUGCAUGUAUGGUUCCGUGAUCCUUUCUCUGAUUUGAUUCCAUCAAAACACAGAUAUGAUGAACAGUUUCGAAUGACUGAAAAUUGGGAAUCUAUCUUCUUACCUCAUCCUUGUAAUGUUUGUUCGUUUAGCUGGCGCCAUACCAGCAGAUAUCUCCCUAGUGGUUGGAUAGCAAAUGUAUUAUUAACCGCAAGUGAAGAUAAUUUAUGUCGUGUAUGGAUUGAAGUUUCAACAAGUCAUCCCAAUUUAUCAAACACGCACAAAAGUAUCAAUUCUUUACUGUCUAAAUCAAUUUCUAAGAAUGACCCAGAAAUUCCAAUAUCAUCUACUACAAUGAAAGUACGCCUACCUUUAGGUCAUCUGACCGAUAUGCCAUUCAAAACGAAAAUUACAAGUGAUCCAGUCAACCAGUUGCAUGAAUUAUCAACGCAAUAUCUCACUUUAGAACUACCUAAUUGUUUUUUAACACAUCCAAUUUUAAAACAUUUCCUAGAUUUAUGGUUGACUGAUCCUUUGUCAAACAUUGAAGUGGAUUAUGGAUCACAAUUAUCAUCGUCUACAAUGAAAAUAGAUGAUAAAAAGUUCAACUAUACACAAAAUACAUUUCCACAAUUUGUGUUUACCACAUCUUUACCAUUAGAUUCUUUCCCGGAAUUAUGUAAUCUCUCUUCUCCAAAUGAUUCACAAGUUGGUCGACUUGUUAUUCAUUGGUUCAAUAAUAAAGAAUAUCGUUUGAGUACACAAUUGGAAUCGUUUUUGAAGGAUACAAUAUCACGAAUUUUGGCUAUCCCAACUCAUAUCGCACUCGAUAAUACAUCCAAUAUCAAUAACAGUAAUAAUAAUCUCAUGACUCCAGAAUUGUUAGAUCAAAUAGCUUUGAUGGAUCAGACUGUUUUUCGAUUAUUAAGUGAAUUACAACAUGCCCCGGAUGUCGCAUUUGCAAUACAUCCUCUUGAUGGAAGCCUUAUUGUUUGGUAUAUACAUGGUUUGGAUUUAUCUAUUCCUAAUCCAGAAGGUAUACGAACUCAUAAAGUAAUUAUUCCAUACGAAUCAUCAUUUAAUCGUGAUAAUAAAUUUGGAUAUGAAUCUUCAUUCAUAAUUACACCUAAUAUAAAUAAUCGUUUAACACAAGUUACAUGUAGUAUAAGAUCACGUUUACAUCAAGUUAUUCCAUUCGAUGCAGCUCAUUCAUUAACAUCAAAAUUAUUUACUUAUUUAACAACAGAUAAUUCUAAAAAUUUUAUGAAUUAUUUUCAUAAUGAAAAUAUAAUGAAUCAACAAAAAUUACAAAUUUUAUCCGAUACUACUGAAAUCACUAAUAAGUAUUUAAUAACAAUUAAUUAUCAAGAUUAUUUAAAUAUAUUUUGUCAUUUAUUCUUAUUACAAUAUACAAUUAGACAAUGUUUAUUAAAAUGGUCAAAAAUUUCUAUGAAACUUAUGAAUAGUAAUAAUAAUAAUAGUGAUAGUAGUAAUCAGAAAAAUACAUUGAAGCAAUUGAAACAGACAGUAUUAAAACCGAUUUUAUCUUCUUUGGCUCAAAUUCAUUUGAAUUCAACAACUUUUCAAGCACGAACUCAAAAUUCCUCACAUGUAGCUAUGAUCACUAUGCAUACUAAUGGUUCAUUACGUUAUUGGCGUAUCGAUGUAUCAGAGAGUAGUCAUUAUCAAUGGAUUGUCGGUGUAUCUAGUUGUGCACGUUUAAGUGGACAUCGAUUUCAUACAAACAUUAUCGUACCACAUCCAAUAUUACCUCUCGCUUUGAGCACAUCACAUUAUGAGCAUAAAUUGGAAAAAUUACCAAAUAAUGAAUCCACCAUAACAACAACAACAACAUCAUCACCAUAUAAUUCAAUUAAUAAAGACAAUGAGAAAAUUACUAAUUAUAGUGAAAUAAUUUUAUGGUAUGUUUCAUCAGUUGGUCCACUUACCACCGGUUACACAUCAUCUUUACUGUCAAAUUAUCAAUUUCGCUGUUCACAACAUGCUACCAAUAAUAAUAAUACUGAUUCGGAAUUAUAUAACAAUCAAUUUACUACAACUGAUAUUAAAGGACCAGGUAAUAUAUCAUCAAAUGGUGGGAUUUCAGAAGUGGCUCGAUUAAUCUUCUCCAAUAUAUCAUCGAAUACAUCUUUAACAUUUAAAUAUAUUGCAUGGUUCCCAUGUCAGGUGACAACAACUGCUACAUCAUAUCCCGUUGCAUUGUUUGUUGCCUCUUUAGAUGGUAAUCACGAUAAUAAUAGUCAUACUAAUAAUAAGAAUGAGCAAAACAAUGAUCAACUUGGACUAUUUUUAACAUUUUCUAAAUUUAAACAAAUUAAUAAUAAAUCUGUAUUAGAUGAGAAGAUUAAACAAGAUCAACAGAAUCAUUUAUUGCAUAGUUCAUUGAAUUCUGAUACAUUGGGAUGUAUUAUUCAAUUAAAUUAUAAAUUACCAUAUUCUAGUCAAAUUGAAAAUUAUGAAAAUUUCAAUGCCGAAACAUUAAUAUUACAUGUAUUUCCCAGUGAAUUAAUUAUGUCCAAAUCAGAGAGUUGCAAACCAAUAAAUACUGUUUUAACUAAUCCUACUGAUCAAAUGGAAAGUUUUACUAAAUCAGAUAUGAAUUCUUUAUCAACACAACUCUUCUGUGUUCUAACUUCAUGUAAUGAGACGGAUUUUUGUCGUAUGGAAAUGUGGCGUGUUUGUGUUUCAACGAAUACUAAGUCUUCUUCUUCUAAUAUGAUGAUAGAUGGAAAUUCUUCCAUUAAGAAUUGUAUAACCGGCAAAUCGGAUCUAAUCAGUGAUAAUCUUACGACCAUAUUUAAUAAUUUAAUAACAGAUGGAAUUAAGGUAUGUGAUUGUAAACUACAUUUACCAUCAGGUGUAUCUAUUGUUUGUGCUCAAGUAUCAGCAGCACAUGUAAGUUGGGCUGCUUUAUCAACAUUUAAUGCACCACCGCCUUAUUUAAUUGUUACUGCAUGUUCAGAUGGUUGUUUACGAUUUUGGCGAUGUGAAUCUGAUUCGAAUAGUAAUAAUUUCACUUUGGAAGGAGUCCACGAUCAAUUUACAUGGGAAGAAUGGCAAAUGCCAUUAAUGCAGUCAAUGUCUAGUUGUAUUGAAUUACAGCUGCAUACCAAUAAUAAUCAUAAUAAGUCAACUCGUGUUAAUGAUGAAUCACAGAUGAAUAAACCCAUUAUUCUAGACAUAGAUUGUGCAUAUAGUGGACGAUUAGCUGUGGCAUAUACUUCAUCACAAUUAUGUAAUAAUGAUAAUAUGGACAAACAUGGGCAAUCAAAUUUAGAUUGGAUUCAAAGUAAUAAGAAUGACUUAACAAUCUAUGUUACUGUUUAUGAAUGUGAAUCUAGUGGUGGAUGCGAAUGGAUCUUAGAAGAUACCAUUGAAUUAACAUCGGAAUAUUGUCUUUUUCAAAAUAAUAUUGAUAAGUUAUCAUCUAUUCAAUUGGAUUGGGUUAAUGCAGAAGAUGGCGGACAUUUACUAUCAAUCAUUAUUGAUUCGGAAAUAUUUGUUUUUGCACCGGUCUGUCAAAAUCUUUCAUUAAGUCGUAAUAAACUACGAGGUGGGCAUGCAUGUCAGCCAACAUUAAUGACUACAAUUGGUGAAGUGUAUGUAGGUUGGAAACCUAUCGCUUGUACUCGUAUAGUCACAGCUGACUUCAACUCUUCGUCAUCGUUAUCAUUAUCAUCUCUUACAUCAAUUGAAAAGAAGAAAUCAGUGCCAACACAACAACAAGAAUCUUGUUGGAGAUAUUCUUCAACUACUGCCUUGCAUGGUGGUAGUAGUCAUCGUUGUUUUAUCAAACAAGCUGCAUGGCUUCGUGAUGGUCUAUUACUAAUUAGUGCAAAAACUGAACUCCAGUUGUUUAGUCAAUGGCCAUCAGAUAAUUUGUAUAAUUUAUUUAAGUGGCAUGUAAAACCUAAACUGAGCAAUACCAAAUCAUUGUAUAAUUCAUCAAGUGCGAAUGAGUCAUUCGAUGCAACAGCAACGACAACAACAUCCGAUACUGUGGAUGAUUCUACAGUUUCUGGAAGCUCCAAUAUGUCAGUAGCACGUUUAACUAAAGCUUAUUCACCAUAUCCUUUAAAGUCAUCACCUUCACGAUCAAUGUUGCAUGCUGUUUCAGGUCAUUCUAGUUUGUCUAAUUUACAUGCUACUUCUAAUAAUACUACUAAUACUACAUCCGAUACCACUAGUGACAAUUUUAAAAUAACUAGAAAAAUGAGCCAAAUUGACUUGAAUCGUGCCAGCGGCAGUGGAUUAGACGUUAAAUCAAAUGAACAAUUAUUGAAAGAUUUGGAACUCUUAUCGAAUCUUGGAUUAUUCGAAGCUAUUCAAAUUGUAAAUCCAAUACUUCCUCAAUUCCAUCCUCGUCAACUCUUGGAAUGGAUGAAUUUGGGUCAUUUACGUCGUAUAAAAGCGAUAUUAGCGCAUUUAACUAGAUGUUUAACCGCUAUUGGCAAUUCAUCCCAACGGUCAAGCAGUCAGUCUGAUAGUCGUCGUAGAAUGACGAAAGGUAAUUUAAAUUCAGAACUAACCAAUUUUGUUAUCGAGUCAUUCGACUCUACCAUGACAUCAAAAAUGUCGACAACAACAACAACAAGAAUAAAUAAUACAACAUCUAAACCAGUGUCUUCAAUAUCUCAUACACCUCAUUCUUCAAAUAAUCUUUUAGAUAUGCAUACAAUACCUCCUUUACCAUUGUAUGUCUUAUUAGCUGUUGAUUCAUUGCAAGUAACCGAUGUUAAUGCAGAUGUGAAAUCGAACAAACAUUUCGAUUCUAUAAAUCAAUGGAAUAAUGAACAUGGAUUGACUGAUGAUUCAAGCAUCUUCGAAAUACAAGAUGAUGAUUUAAAUCUCAGUUCGAAUAAUGAUGAUGACGAUUAUGAUGUGACAGAUAAAAGUAACCCAUCAAAAACUAUUCAUCAUUCAAAUCUAUCAUUCAAUACAUCUGCAAACAAAUCAUCACAUUUAUAUGGAUUUAGUAUAUGGUCAUUGAAACCUGCAGCAUUAGCCCGUAGUAUACAAUUUUCAGAAGAUGAUGCCCGUCUUCUUGCUGAUCAUUUGUCAACUCAACGAUUACCUGGUCUGUCAUCACUAGAUCAAAUGUAUUUAUUGGGUAUAGCUGAUUUAAUGGCGAAGACACGUUCCGAUAUUACGGAUUGCUUGUCAAAAGUCCAUUCAUCAACUAAUAAGAAGAAGCUGGAUCAAUUGCCACGACGAUUAUCGAUUAGACAGGAUUCUAACGAAGGUUUAGAUGAAUGUGGUCUUCGAUUUCUUUUAACAGUUCAAUUAUAUUCUUAUUUAAGUAAAACAUUACCACCUGCACGUCGAUCACAACUACUUUCGUCUGGCCUAACUAAUUCCAGUCUAGUAUGGGCAUAUCAUUCGGAUUCACAAGAAGAACUUCUAUCACAAUUACCAAUUGUUUCUAAUCAACUAGGCGGUAGUGAAGUCAGCGGUGCUGAUUCAUUAGAAUUAAAUUGGGCAGAUUUCAAACGAUACGGUUGUGGUUGGUGGAUACGAAGUGAAAGUCUUCUGAUUCGCUGCGCUGAGAAAAUGGCUCGUACAGCAUUUCAAAAUACUAAAGAUCCGAUGGAAUCUGCUGUCUUUUAUUUGGCUAUGCAUAAAGCUAAAAUGGUGGCUGCAUUAUUCAAAACCACUGGUAAUAAAACAUUGGAGAAUUUCUUCCGAUCCGAUUUUACACCAGGUCAACCAGCAUGUCGUCAAGCUAAAUUAAACGCAUUCCGUUUACUAAGUCAACAUAAAUAUCUUCAAGCGGCUGGAUUAUUCUUAUUGGCUGGAUGUUUAAAUGAUGCAGUACGUGUUUGUUUGGAUACUCUGAAAGAUUUACAAAUGGGUAUUUUAUUAGUUAGACUUUAUACAUCAUCAGCUCAAGGUAUUCCAGGUCAACAAACAACAACAUCCUCGACAUAUCAUGAUUUUCUAAGGGAACAUAUAAUUAAACAUCAGGAUCCAUUUCUAAGAAGCAUGGCGUUUUGGACAUUGGGUGAUCCAUUAGCUGCCUUGCAAACAUUACUAGAAGGACCUGGAAUAUUAAGUAAUUCUGAAGAUUUUAUCAUAUCUGAAAAGAGAGAUAGUUUAACCGAUUCAAUCUAUCAAAGCCCACAACAUCCUCAAUAUCUUAGUGGUAGUCAAAGCUUCAUAACUGGUAGGGAUACUUCAAAACCAUCAUCUGUAUGUCCAAGUGUUUUCAAAUUCUACACGUAUCUACAAUCACAUCCAUUAGUUUUACGUCACCAACGUUUACAAGCUCCAAAUCUAAUCAAUUCUACUAUAUUAUAUCGUGUAAAAAGUUUAGAAAGACGUUUAUACUUUCGUACUGCCCAUCAUUAUUUUAUAUUGGGUUGUCCAACAUUAGCAUUGGAAGUUUUGACUAAAUUACCCCCAUUGGAAUCUUCCGAUUCAUCAUCUAUACUUGGUUUACAUAGAAUGUCAGUUAAUGAAUCUAUCGAAAGUAAAUCAAGGCGUCAAUCGGUAUUCUCUUCAGAUGCUGUCGUGCAAUCUGUAAAUAAACGAAAUAACGAUGAUGAUAUUUUCACAUUCAUGACACCUGAUGUUCCUUUACAAAAAUGUACCACAGAAGAUCAAUUUACAAUUGAAUGGAGUGAUGAUAAUGAUGAUCAAACAGAUCAUGAUGAUACUAUUGAUCAUGUGAAGAGUAGUACAGUUCAUAUGAAUCAAAAACAACAAAUGUCAUCACCAUCAGCCCAACAACGACCUUCACUUCAUUCAAUAGGUAGUUAUAAUAUCGAAAAUCAAGGUGUGGUGGACUUAAUGGCAAAUCAAUUGAAAUUUAUUGCCUGUUUGAAGAUUUUGGCGGAAGAAUUAAGUACACUGGCUGCUGGCGCCGAAUCUGAAGGUGUUUCACUUCGUCAACAUGUUUGGCAAUGGCUUGAAAAUGAAUUAGCUAGUGUCAAUACAUUGACUGGUUUAACGAAAUCAUCCAUGACAACACCAACUGUAACAUCUGCGACUCAUCCAACUAAUAAUCCCGUUGUUGCUAGUGGUGAACAGUUGAAUGAACCUAGUUUUGAUUAUUCAGAAUUUUCCGGUCCACUGACUACAACUUCAUAUUUAUUAACUACAAGAAGUGCUGGUACCGUUUUAGCUGGUAUCUUAAUGAAUUUAUCAAAUGUUUCUCCAGAAAUUCGUGAUGCCGAGUUAAAACGAUUAAAAACACGUUAUGAUUGGAUAAAAGCUCAUGAACCUUUUCUAAUAUCGUUAAUUAAUUUCUGUGAUCUGUAUGGGUCUAGUGGUAUACGAUUACCAGCAGUUCGUAUUGAAUUAUCCCUAUUACUUGGUGAAUUGUAUUCAACAUCUUAUCUAUUUACAAGUCAGUCAACGAUAUCGUCACAAAAUAAAUCCGAUAGUAAUCUGUUAGUAGCAACACGUCCAACCAAUGUCUGUUAUCCUUCUCUUGAUUCUUCACGUUGGCCAAUAUCACCAAUGGCUUUAAUUGAUGGUAUACCUUUGUUGCGUACAUUGAUGCGUCUACCACCGGGUGCAUUACUUCUACCAGAUUCAGUAAAGCGUAUCAAGUAUAUGGUUCAUGAUUUAAUCACUUGUCUGGAAUCAUUACCACCUCCAUUUUUAGUAAGUGUUCUGUUACCUUUUCCUUAUCAACAAUGCAAUUGUACCAGUACUACUACUAAUACUACAUCAAGGACAUCGAAAUCAUCUGUUACAUCUCCAUCAUCAUUUCAUUGUCCUGAUUGUAUUUUGGCACCUACAGGCGAUCGUCAUCGUAGAAUAUUUUUAUUACGUAAUUUAUGCGCUGCUCUUUCUGGAUGUAUACAUCAAUGUUUAACUGUUGGCGGUUGGUUUGGUCUUGGUUAUGCAGUCGAUGAGAACUCCAUGCAAUCUUCUGAUAUAUCAUCUCCAUUGACAAAAAAAGUAUUUGCUCUACCUGCAACAAGUACUAUCAAUGCUCGUUCAGUUGAUCGUUUAUGUGUAUCUGGUCAGAUAUUUAGACCAAAUACAGAACCGUCUAAAUGGCCAGGUUUAACGUGUUUAAAAAGUUAUACUGAACCUCAAUUACAAAGUAAUAGUGUAAGUACUAGUCAAAUUAUUCGUAUCACAUCAACACAAAAUCUAUCAGAUCGUGACUUAUCAUCGCCAUCGUCAUCUGUAACACGUAUUCAAUCUGUGGAUCGUCGUCGAAUUAUUGGUUUAUUAUCUCAAGUUUUAGCUGCAUCCUAUUUCGGUUUAUUAGUUUAUGCAUUGCAUACUCGUGAUACAUUCACAUUAUAUCGAUUAGCUUGUGCUCGAUUAGAUGGGAAAACAUGGAGUCGUGUAUUCGGUGGAACAUAUCGAGCUAAACCUUUUCGACCACCAACACAACCUGGUACCACUACUACUACUGCUACUGUUACUACUACUAGUAAUAGUAAUGUACUAAGUAAUAUAACUUCAGAAAAGAAGCCUGUACCACCGAGUCGACCUAAACGACCGACAUCUACUCUUAAACAUGACAGAUCGAAAUCAAGAAGUCCAGAGAAAGCUGUAACGCGAGCUAGGGACCAUGCAGCUGCAGCUAUCGAAGUUGCAUUGAAAAUUGGUAGCCCACCAAAUCCCACAAAGCUAACUAGUCAACAUAUACGUUUUUUAGCACAUGCUGAAGCUGCGGCGAUAGCAGACUUAAAAUCUGACACAACCAGGUACGAUGGUGUAGAGAAUAAAGUUUCAGAACAAGCCGCCGACGCCACCACCACAAAAACAACAACAAUAUCUCAGUCAUCUGUCAGUCCAGAGGAAUGGUUUAUAUUUGCCCAAUCUUCCAUUCUCUCUUGUCUUCUGGAACGUCCUCCAAAACAAACUGACUUAAUUGAUGAUCCCAGUGAGAUUUUCGAUUCCGAUGCUAGUGAACCAUCUUCAAAGAAUGAAUACGAUACAUAUCAUGGAGCUUUAUUAAAACAACAACGUCGUAUUAAUCGAGUACAACGCUUUAUCAAACAUUGUUCUAAUUUAAAACAACGUAAAACUGUACGACACCGUCUGAAAAAUUCGUUACAUUAUCGUUUAACUGGACAGUUUAUGAAUCAUACCGAUGAUAAUCAUGACCAAAGUGAUGGCGAUGGUGCUGAUAUGAAUCCUAAUAAACAAUUGGAUGUUAAUGAUGUUGAAGAUGAUGACAAUGAUGAUGGUCAACGUUAUUCUGAUCAUCCCUAUAAUUUACAAGAUUAUGAUGGGGUUAAAAAGGCCGUACUAACUGAAGGGAAAGAUGAUUCUGGGAAAGUAGUAUCCUCUCCUACAAAAUUAAAUCUGUCCAGUUUACAACCACAGUGGAUUUUACGACGUUUACAUUUGAAUCCAGAUUUUAUGGAUACCUGGUGGGGUAGUCGACUAGAAUCGGAAUUCUAUGAAGCAUUGAAUAUUUUCUACAUGAAAUCUGACAAAAGACAAGCAACACAUACUAAUUUAAAAGAUUUUACCGAAUUUAAUUCUACUGUUGGUGGUGACCCAACUGAUGACAAUAACGAUGAUGAGGAUGAAGAUGUUGGUGAAGAAGAUGAUUAUAAUCUGACGGUUGAUGCUUUAGGAAAUCGUAAAUUAGCAUUUUUUGAAAAUGACCGUCAAUGGACUUACAGUGAUAGUUAUGCAUGGAGACUUAUACGUUUGGGUUUAAUGCAACUGGCUAAACGAGAAUUGAAUAGACUUAUACAAAUUAUUGAUUUCAGUGGAGAAGAUUUGGCUGUUCAUGCACCAGGUUUAAUGACGUUAACACGUCUAGCUGAUUGUUGGUUGGUUGGUUAUCGUUCAGAAUUAACUUCACCACCAGCAUUGAAUCCAAUUCAUUUAAAAUUGCAGCAUAAAGGAUUUGUUAAUGAACAUCUUCUACCACCGACAGAUUUCCUACCAGGUAUUCAAGAAGAUUUAUCUUCUUCCUCUUCUUCGAUUACACAAACGGCUGCUGCAAUUAAAACUGGUAGCAAUUUGACAGUUGGUGUUGAAGUGUCAAAAUUGGACUUUCCUUCACCCGGAGCAACAAGAUCGAUGUUACGUUUGAAAAAGUUAAUAAAUUUUAAAAAUACUCCAUUUCAAACACGUGAUCCAUUCUCAUUACCUGUCAAACGUUUAUGGUGUUACUUAGUUCGACAACCUGGAGUAGAUGAUAUAUUUUUACGUCAUAUAUUUCGUAAACCAUGUCUUAUACAGUCCGUUAUUACACCGAAUAUUAAAUUAACAUUAUCACCAUCACCUUCGUUAUCAUCAUCAUCAGUUGCUUUGGGAUCAUCGGAACUUAACAAUCUACCUGGUUUGAUAAAUUCUGCAUCAUCGUCUAAUCUGAAAAAUUUUUCCUCUGCUGCAUUGACUGAUAUUCAAAAAUCGUCAGGGAAGCAAACAAGAAUACAACAACAACAACAACAGACCCAAUCUUCAAAUCAAACUAUUUCAGGAUCUCUACUGUUUAAUGAUGCUGUUCGUCUUAUUCAUAAAGAACAUGAUCCACUUAUAGCUAUGUGCAUUAAUCAGGUUAAUUACAAUGCAAUUGCAAUCGCUACACCGAAAGAGAUUAUCGAGUUAGAUAUUGAAAAUCUUGUUCAUUUACCAUCAUGGUAUGCUGAUGAAGUUGAAUACGAUUUGGAAUUAAUGCGCAAACCCCAAUUACGUCGACACCCUGAAGGCGGGACUGAUGAUUUUAUUGUAUGUGACACAAAUCCAACAAAAGUUGGUAUCACAUCCCUAUCUACUGGUGAUAGUAAUCCUAGCGGUACACAUGUGAUAUUAAAACGAACUUUGCCCGCUGUUUAUAGUUUAACUUCGCAUCCAACAUUGCCAUAUUAUCUAUGUGGAACAGGUACCGGUUCAGUGCAUAUGUUCGAAUGGUCAACUCCAGUACCAGUUGUUGCUGGAUUUACAAAUACUUAUAGUUUAACAACUGCUGGUAUGUUAGGACAAUUUCCAGCUGGUUCUAGAGGUGCACGUGUAACAGCAUUACAAUUUGAUGAUAGUGGAUAUCGUUUUGGUUGUGGAGAUUCUGAAGGAAAUUUCGGUUUAUGGAAUUUAUAUUCAACCAUGCCGGGCAAACUACCAUAUUUUCGUUGUCGUUGCCAUGCAAAAGGUUUAGCAGAUUUUUGUUUCCUUGGCUGUAGUAGUCUAAUAGCUACAGUUGGCAAUGGCGGGAUGACUACAACAACUCCACAUAUUGUCAGUGGAAUAGAUGUCAGUGGGGCUGGUGUAGGUGGCAUUGGUAGUGGUCUUAAUUAUGGUGGCGGAAAUAGUGGUAUUGGUGGGCCAACACACUACACUUCUGCCAAUAUCAUAGGUGGUAGUAGCAGCGGCGGCGGAGGUGGGGGUAUCAGUUAUUCCGGGGGAACUGUUAAUACAGAUCAAGAUGCAUCACAUUUAACAUUAUGGGAUACUUUAUUACCAGCGAAUCGAUGUGGUGUUAUUCGUGUUCUUGACCCAGAAUUGGAUGCUCCAUGCACAUCAAUUGCUUACUGUGGAUCACUUACAAACACCAAUAGUUGGCCGUCUAAUACAAACAUUUAUUCUAGUAACAAUAUUAAUUCAAAACGACUCUUCACCAAUAAUGAUAGAACCGUUAUUGUUGGUACUAAAAAUGGUGAUAUAUGUACUGUGGAUAUGCGAAAUCCAAAAGUAUUGCAUAAAUUCUCAGCUCAUGAUGCACCAAUAAGAACAUUAUGUAUUGAUUCAGCAACUGAUUGUUUAGUUACUGGUGGAGCGGAUGGAAUUGUUAAAAUAUGGAGGCUAUCUGAACGAGAAUUAUUGACUAGUUUCUGUGGUGACCUGCACCCAAGUCGUGGUGCAGCAGCUAUCGCUGCCGCCGCCCUAUUCAGAGGCAAUCAAUCAGCAGCUAUCAUUGCUGCUACUAACCCAGGCAUUUCAGAUAUUCGUCUAUUGCCGACGGUUACAGGAGCAGCAUUGAUUCAUGUCAAUAACAGUAAUAAUAAUAAUGACAGUAAUUCUACUAAAAAUAAUGAUUGUUCGACAAAUCUAAAUAACCAAAUACCUAUUACACACUCUUCUCAUGAUCAGAAAUGCUCAAUGACUGCUGCAUCAACAGCUUGUCGAUUUUUAAGUUGUGGUGCUGACGGUGGGUUACGUAUGCGUUCAUUGGUUGUUCGACCAAAACCUUCUAUAGUUUGUUAACGGAAGAAUCAGAUAGGAGAACGAAAAACACAAAGCAUAAUAUUAUAUACUUCAUAUUAUUUAUCUUACUUAUCACUUAUUGAAAGCAUUCCAUACUCA